AUGUUGGUGGCAGUUUUCCCACGGGAAAGGGACAGGGAGAGGGACUCAGACAACAGCCCAGACUCAAAAAGAACUGAAAAACAGGGUAGUUUCUUUCUAAUAGCAGACUUCUCUAAUCAACUUGUAGACAGUGUAUUGGGCCUGUUUCCUGCCAUUCUCAAUCUUGCCAGCAAUGCUCACAUUAGCACCAAUGCCACCUGUGGUGAGAAGGGGCCCGAGAUGUUCUGCAAACUUGUGGAGCACGUGCCCGGUCGCCCCGUGCGAAACCCACAGUGCCGGAUCUGUGAUGGCAACAGCACGAACCCCAGAGAACGCCAUCCAAUUUCAAAUGCGAUCGAUGGCACCAAUAACUGGUGGCAAAGCCCCAGUAUUCAAAACGGGAGAGAAUAUCACUGGGUCACAAUCACUCUGGAUUUAAGACAGGUCUUUCAAGUGGCAUAUGUCAUCAUUAAAGCUGCCAAUGCCCCUCGACCCGGAAACUGGAUAUUGGAGCAUUCUCUGGAUGGCACCACUUUCAGCCCUUGGCAGUAUUACGCAGUUAGUGACACGGAAUGUUUGACUCGUUACAAUAUAACUCCAAGACGGGGACCACCCACUUACAGGGCCGAUGAUGAAGUGAUCUGCACCUCGUAUUAUUCUAGACUGGUGCCACUGGAGCAUGGAGAGAUUCAUACAUCGCUAAUCAAUGGCAGACCAAGCGCCGAUGAUCUUUCACCCAGGUUGUUAGAAUUCACUUCUGCACGAUAUAUUCGCCUUCGCUUACAGCGAAUCAGAACACUCAAUGCGGAUCUCAUGACCCUCAGCCACCGGGACCCUAAAGACCUGGAUCCUAUUGUUACCAGACGAUAUUACUAUUCAAUAAAGGACAUUUCUGUUGGAGGAAUGUGUAUUUGCUAUGGCCAUGCUAGUAGCUGCCCAUGGGAUGAAACUGCAAAGAAACUGCAAUGUCAGUGUGAGCAUAACACUUGUGGAGAGAGUUGUAACAGGUGCUGUCCUGGGUACCAUCAGCAGCCCUGGAGGCCUGGAACCAUUUCUUCCGGUAACACAUGUGAAGAGUGUAAUUGUCACAAUAAAGCCAAAGACUGUUACUAUGAUGAAAGUGUUGCAAGUCAGGGGAGAAGUUUGGAUACUGCUGGGCAAUUCAAAGGAGGAGGGGUUUGCAUCAGUUGCCAGCAGAACACCAUGGGAAUCAACUGUGAAACCUGCAUCGAUGGAUAUUAUCGACCACACAAAGUGUCUCCUUAUGAGGACAAGCCUUGCCGUUCCUGCAACUGUGACCCUGUGGGGUCCCUCAGUUCUGUCUGUAUUAAGGAUGACCUCCAUUCUGACUUACAUAAUGGGAAGUGGCCAGGUCAGUGUCCAUGUAAGGAAGGCUAUGCAGGAGAAAAAUGUGAUCGCUGCCAACUUGGCUACAAGAAUUACCCAAGCUGCGUCCCCUGUGACUGCAGCCCAGUUGGCAGUGUGAAUGAAGAUCCUUGCACAGAGCCCUGUCUUUGUAAGGCAAAUGUUGAGGGGAACGCUUGUGACCGCUGCAAGCCUGGAUUCUAUAACCUGAAGGAAAGAAAUCCCAGGGGCUGCUCUGAAUGCUUCUGCUUUGGCGUCUCUGAUGUCUGCGACAGCCUUUCGUGGCCCGUUGGUCAGGUGAGCAAUAUGUCUGGGUGGCUGGUCACUGACUUGAUCAGCCCAAGGAAGGUCCAGUCUCAGCGGGAUGCACUGGGCGGGCGUCAUCAGGUCACCAUCAACAACACUGCAGUCAUGCAGAGGCUGGCUUCCCAGUACUACUGGUCUGCCCCUGAGGCCUACCUGGGAAAUAAGCUGACAGCAUUUGGUGGCUUUCUGAAAUACACGGUGUCUUAUGAUAUUCCAGUGGAGACGGUAGAUGGUGACCUCAUGUCACAUGCUGAUAUCAUCAUUAAGGGAAAUGGACUCACUCUAAGCACACAGGCUGAGGGUCUGUCCUUGCAGCCCUACGAAGAGUACUUUAACGUGGUUAGGCUUGUGCCUGAGAACUUCCGAGAUUUUAAUAACAAAAGGGAGAUUGAUCGGGACCAGCUGAUGACUGUCCUUGCCAAUGUGACCCAUCUUUUGAUCAGAGCCAACUACAAUUCUGCAAAAAUGGCUCUUUACAGGUUGGAGUCUGUCUCCCUGGACAUAGCUAGCCCUAAUGCUAUAGACCUGGCCGUGGCCUUUGACGUGGAGCACUGUGAAUGUCCCCCAGGCUACACAGGGACCUCCUGCGAGUCGUGCCUUUCUGGCUAUUAUCGCGUGGAUGGAAUACUCUUUGGAGGAAUCUGUCAGCCCUGUGAAUGCCACGGUCAUGCAGCUGAGUGUGAUGUUCAUGGCGUUUGCACUGCUUGCGCGCACAACACCACUGGGGAUCACUGUGAGCAGUGCCUGCCUGGCUUCUACGGGCAUCCUUUCCGAGGGACUCCAGGGGACUGCCAGCCUUGCGCCUGCCCUCUUACCACAGCCUCCAACAAUUUCAGCCCUACCUGCCACCUCGAUGACGGGGACGAAGUGGUCUGUGACCAGUGUGCCCUGGGAUACUCGGGAACGUGGUGUGAGAGAUGUGCAGAUGGCUACUAUGGAAACCCAACCGUGCCCGGGGCGACCUGCAUUCCGUGUGACUGCAGUGGCAACGUGGACCCCUCGGAGGCUGGUCACUGUGACUCGGUCACCGGGGAGUGCUUGAAGUGCCUGGGGAACACGGAUGGCCCCCACUGUGAAAGGUGUGCAGACGGCUUCUACGGGGACGCCGUGACAGCCAAAAACUGCCGCGCUUGUGAAUGCCAUGAGAAGGGGUCCCUUUCUGCUGUGUGCCACCUUGAGACUGGACUCUGCGACUGCAAACCACAUGUGACUGGACGACAGUGUGACAAGUGCUCGCAUGGCUACUAUGGGCUGGACUCAGGAUUUGGCUGCCAGGCCUGUAACUGCAGCAUGGCGGGCUCCGUGUCAGACAACUGCACAGAGGAAGGCCAGUGUCACUGCGUCCCAGGUGUAGCAGGGAAGAAGUGUGACAGGUGUGCCCAUGGCUUCUAUGCCGACCAGGAUGGUGGCUGUACACCCUGUGACUGUGCGCAUACUCAGAACACCUGUGACCCAGAGACUGGCGAGUGCGUUUGCCCUCCUCAUACGCGGGGUGUGAAGUGUGAGGAAUGCAAGGAGGAGCAUUGGGGCCAUGACCCGGAGACAGGGUGCCAGGCCUGCAACUGCAGUCAUGUGGGAUCAAUCAGUCAUCAGUGUGACAUUCUUACUGGCCAUUGCCAAUGCAAGUCGGAAUUUGGCGGACGGAGGUGUGAUCAGUGCUCCUUGGGUUACAGAGACUUUCCAGACUGUGUUCCCUGUGACUGUGAUGUGAGGGGGACGUCGGGAGACACCUGUGACCUGGACCAGGGUCUCUGCAGCUGUGAGGAAGAAACUGGCUCCUGCUCUUGCAAGGAAAACGUCAUUGCCCUUCAGUGCAGCGAAUGUCGAGAGGGCGCCUUUGCUCUCCGUGCAGACAACCCUCUGGGAUGCAGCCCUUGCUUCUGCUUCGGGCUAACCCACCUCUGCUCUGAGCUGGAAGGUUAUGUGAGGACCCCAGUGACGUUGGGCCCAGAUCAUCCUCUUUUGCGUGUGGUGUCUCAGAGUAACCUGAAGGGCACAACUGAUGGGGUGUACUACCAGGCCCCAGAUGUCUUGUUGGACGCCGUGACUGUCCGGCAGCAUGUUCACGCAGAGCCGUUUUACUGGCGGCUCCCACCACAGUUCCAGGGAGACCAGCUUAUGGCCUACGGUGGCAAGCUAAAGUACAGUGUGGCCUUCUAUUCUUCUGAUGGCAUCGGUGCCUCCAAUUUCGAGCCUCAAGUGCUCAUCAAAGGAGGUCGGACCAGAAAGCAAGUCAUUUACAUGGAUACCCCAGCACCGGAGAAUGGAGUGAGACAGGAACGAGAAGCAGGAAUGAAAGAGAACUUCUGGAAAUAUUUUAACUCUGUUUCUGAAAAACCUGUCACACGCUCGGAUUUUAUGUCCGUUCUUAGCAAUAUUGAGUAUAUCCUCAUCAAGGCAUCGUAUGGUCAAGGAUUACAGCAAAGCAGAAUCUCCAAUAUUUCAAUGGAGGUUGGCAGAAAGGCUGAGAAACUGCACCCAGAGGGGGAGGUCGCAUCCCUUUUAGAGAGUUGUGUCUGUCCUCCUGGCACCGCGGGGUUCUCGUGUCAGGACUGUGCCCCUGGGUACCACAGAGGGAAGUUCCCAGCAAGUGGUGGCAGGGGACCCCGUCCUCUGCUUGCUCCUUGUGUGCCCUGCAAUUGCAGCAACCAUAGUGACGUGUGUGACCCCGAAACUGGAAAGUGUCUGAACUGCAGAGACAACACGGCAGGUGACCACUGUGAUGUGUGUGCUCCCGGCUACUACGGGAAGGUAAUUGGCUCAGCUGGCGACUGUUCUCCCUGUACCUGUCCUCACAGCCUCCCUGCCAGUUUUAGUCCCACGUGUGUCUUGGAAGGUGACCGUGACUUCCGCUGUGAUGCCUGUCUUCCGGGCUAUGAAGGACAAUAUUGUGAAAGGUGUUCCUCGGGCUAUCAUGGCAACCCUCAGGUGCCAGGGGGCAGCUGCCAGAAGUGUGACUGCAGCCUGCACGGCUCUGUCCACAGCCACUGUGACCGCACGUCGGGGCAGUGCACCUGCAGGCCGGGGGCCUCGGGGCUGCGAUGCGAGGAGUGUGAACCAAGACACAUUCUGGUGGAAAGCGACUGCAUUUCCUGUGAUGAUGAGUGUGUAGAUGUGCUGUUGAAUGACUUAGAAAAUAUUGGUGAUACCAUUCUUUCUGUGAAUCUCACCGGCAUUGUUCCUGUCCCGUACGGAAUUCUGACAAACCUGAAAAAUACAACUAUUUCUCUCCGGGAAUCUCUGUUGAAGGAAAAUAAGCAAAGGGAACUGGCAACAAUUAAACUUGAAGGCGUUGCAGAACGAACAGACAACCUGAGAGAGAAGCUCGAUAGAGUAUUAACAAGUACCCAAAGGGUGAACAGGGCAACCGAAAGAAUCUUCAGGGAGAGUCAAGACCUGGCCGCUGUCAUUGAGAGGCUACAGUCAAACAUCAAAGAAAUGAUUGAAAAGUCAACAACUUUAAAUGAGAGCUUGGAUGAAGAUUUCCAACUCCCCGAUUCUACUCUUCAGAAUAUGCAGCGGAACAUAACGUCUUUGCUGGAAGUCAUACAGAAAAGGCACUUCACUCAGUUGCACCAAAUUGCUGCCCUUGAACUCAAAGCUGCUGAGGACCUCCUGGCACAAAUUCAGAAGAAUUAUCAGAUGCCACAGGAACAGUUGGAAGUGUUAAAAAAAGCAGCAGACCGCCUCCUUUCAAAGCACAACAGCGAGCUGAGGGAGGCCGAAGCGCUCGUGAGGGAAGCCGAGGCAAAGAUGCAGGAAAGCAGUCACCUGCUGCUCACAGUCAAUGCCAACCUGAGAGAAUUCAGGGAUACAAAUCUGCAUGUUCAAGAAGAACAAAGCCUGACCUCAGAGCUAAUUGCCAAAGGAAGAGGACUGAUAGAUGCUGCCACUGCACAAACAAAUGCUGCACGAAAUGCUCUAGCCCAAUUAGAGCAUCAUCAGAAUGAGCUACUUCUAUGGGCUGCCAAAAUCAGGCACCACGUAGACGAUCUGGUCAUGCACAUGUCCCAAAGGAGAGCUCUCGAUCUGGUCUACAGAGCCGAGGAUCACGCUGCUAAGUUCCAAAGACUAGCAGGAAUUCUGGACAGUGGCCUUAAAGGUGUCAGGCAUGUGUCCCUGAAUGCAACCAGCGCGGCCCAUGUCCAUGCCAACAUUCGGAGCCUGAUUGAAGAAUCAGAGAAACUGGCAAAAGACACUCACAGGACUCUAACUGAGAUGAGCCUGUUCCCAGAAUCCUUUGUUUCUAAUGGGAAGGUGGCUCUGCAGCGCAGUUCCAAUGUUCUAAAAGAAGCCAAAGACCUCAGAGGAAAGCAUCAAGGUAUUACACUGGAACUAAGUGAACUGAGAAAUAUGGCAAAUAGAUUUCAAGAAAAUGCUGAUAAAAUUACCAGGCAGACCAGUGAAACGCUCUUGAUACUUAAAGCAAUUCCUGAAGGUGUGAGAGACAAAGGAAGCAAAACCAAAGAGCUGGCCACAUCUGCAAAUCAGAGUGCGGUGAAUACACUGAAGGAUGUCAUGGGACUAAGCCAGAAGCUACUGAACACCUCCACUAGCCUGUCCAGAGUCAAUGCCACCUUACGAGAGACUAACCGGCUUCUGCACGCCUCCACCAUGACCACUCUGUUAGCUGGAAGAAAAGUUAAAGACGUGGAAACACAAGCCAACCUUUUAUUUGAUCGGUUGAAGCCUUUGAAGCUGUUGGAAGAGAACUUGAGCAGAAACCUGUCAGAAAUCAAACUGCUGAUCAACCAGGCCCGGAAACAAGCAGCUUCUAUUAAAGUCGCUGUGUCUGCAGACAGAGAUUGUAUCCGGGCCUACCAGCCUCAGAUUUCUUCUACGAACUAUAACACCUUAACGCUAAAUGUUAAGACACGGGAACCCGAUAAUCUUCUCUUCUACCUUGGGAGCAGCACCAAUGCUGAUUUCCUUGCCGUGGAGAUGCGGCGAGGGAAGGUGGCCUUCCUCUGGGAUCUGGGCUCCGGGUCAACACGCUUGGAGUUUUCAGACUUCCCCAUUGACGACAACAAAUGGCACAGUAUCCGUGUAACCAGAUUUGGAAACAUUGGUUCAUUGAGUGUAAAGGAAAUGAGCUCAAAUCAAGAGCCACCAACAAAAACAAGUAAAUCUCCAGGAGUAACUAAUGUUCUGGAUAUAAACAAUUCAACACUAAUAUUUGUUGGAGGACUAGGAGGACAAAUCAAGAAAUCUCCUGCUGUGAAAGUUACCCAUUUUAAAGGCUGCAUGGGAGAGGCCCUCUUGAAUGGAAAAUCUAUUGGCCUGUGGAACUACAUUGAAAGAGAAGGCAAGUGCCAUGGGUGCUUCAGAAGCUCCCAGAAUGAAGACGCUUCCUUCCAUUUUGACGGAAGCGGGUACUCUGCCGUGGAGAAGACGCUUCGGGCCACCGUGACUCAGAUAGUAAUGGUCUUCAGUACCUUUUCACCCAAUGGGCUCCUCCUCUACCUGGCUUCAAAUGGCAUGAAAGACUUUUUAUCCAUCGAGCUGGUCCAUGGCAGAGUGAGAGUUAUGGUUGACCUGGGUUCAGGACCCCUUGCUCUUAUUACAGACAGACGGUAUAACAAUGGAACCUGGUACAAAAUCGUCUUCCAACGCAACCGGAAGCAAGGACUCCUGGCAGUUAUUGAUGCACAUAACACCAGUGAUAAAGAAACCAAGCAGGGUGAAACUCCAGGAGUAUCUUCCGACCUCAAUCGUCUUGAUAAGGAUCUGAUUUAUGUGGGUGGAUUACCUAGGUCAGCAGUUGUAAGGAAAGGUGUCACCAGCAAAAACUAUGUGGGUUGCAUCAAGAACCUGGAAAUAUCCAGAUCAACCUUUGAUUUACUCAGAAAUUCCUAUGGAGUGAAGAAAGGCUGUAUACUGGAGCCCAUCCGAAGCGUCAGCUUCUUGAAAGGUGGCUACGUUGAAUUGCCACCCAAGUCUUUGUCUCCAGAAUCCAAAUUGCUGGCAACAUUUGUCACCAAGAACAGCAGCGGCAUCAUCCUGGCUGCCCUCGACAGGGAUGCGGAGAAGCAGGGUCGUGGACAGGCACAUGUGCCCUUCUAUUCUGUCAUGCUGAUUGAGGGCCACAUUGAGGUGCAUGUCAGCCCUGGGGAUGGGACAAGCCUGAGGAAAGCCCUCCUGCAUUCUCCUACGGGCACGUACAGCGAUGGACAAGUGCAUUCCAUCUCCUUGGUCAGGAAUCAGAGAACUGUCACUGUUCAACUAGAUGAGACCAAUCCUGUAGAAAUGAAGUUGGGCCCAUUGGCAGAAAGCAGGACACUAAGUGUGUCCAACCUGUACAUAGGGGGAAUUCCAGAGGGAGUGGGGACAUCAGUGUUCAAAAUGAGAAGCUCGUUCCAUGGCUGUAUCAGAAGCCUGAUCUUCGACCUGGAACUCUUGGAUUUCACCAGUGCAGUUGGCUAUGGACAAGUGGACUUGGACACCUGCUGGCUUUCAGAAAGGCCUAAGCUGGCUCUUAAUGGAGAGGACGGCAAGCUCUGGACAGAGCCCCAGCCUUUACCAAAACCAUGUGCAGCGGACACAGCUCCAGAGUACGUUCCCGGCGCUCACCAGUUUGGCCUCACACAAAGCAGCCAUUUCGUGUUGCCUUUUAAUCAGACGGAUGUCAGAAGGAAGCUCUCAGUCCAGCUAAGCAUCCGCACGUUUGCCUCCAGUGGUCUGAUUUACUACAUGGCUCAUCAGAACCAAGUCGAUUACGCCACGCUGCAGCUCCACGGGGGCCGCCUCCACUUCAUGUUUGACCUUGGUAAAGGCAGGACAAAGGUCACUCACCCUGCACUGCUGAGUGACGGCAAAUGGCAUACGGUCAAGACAGAGUACUUUAAAAGAAAGGGCUUCAUGACUGUUGACGGCCAAGAGUCCCCCACGGUGCCCAUAGAGGGAGACAGCACCACGCUGGAUGUGGAGGGGAAAUUGUAUCUGGGAGGCCUGCCUUCCGACUACAGAGCCAGGAACAUUGGGAAUAUCACCCACAGCAUCCCUGCCUGCAUCGGGGAUGUGAGAGUUAACAGCAAACAGCUGGACAAGGACAGUCCGGUGUCCGCCUUCGCAGUGAACAGGUGCUAUGCAGUGGUCCAGGAAGGAACUUUCUUUGACGGGAGUGGAUACGCAGCUCUUGUCAAAGAAGGCUACAAAGUACGGUCAGAUGUAAACAUCACACUGGAGUUUCGUACCUCCUCAAAGAACGGCGUCCUCCUGGGGAUCAGCAGUGCCAAAGUGGAUGCCAUUGGACUAGAGAUUGUAAACGGCAAGCUCUUGUUUCAUGUCAACAAUGGUGCUGGUAGGAUCACCGCCACAUAUGAGCCCAGAGCUGCCACUACACUUUGUGAUGGGAGGUGGCACACACUUCAAGCGAACAAAAGCAAGCACCGUGUCGUUCUGACUGUCGAUGGGAAUGCAGUUGCAGCCGAAAGCCCACACACCCAGUCCACCUCGGCAGACACCAACAAUCCCAUUUAUGUGGGUGGCUAUCCUGUGGAGGUGAAGCAAAACUGCCUGAGUAGCCGGACCUCAUUCCAGGGAUGUUUGAGAAGAUUCACACUGACUAAGGGCCCACAGGUGCAGUCCUUUGACUUCAGCAGAGCGUUUGAACUACAAGGAGUUUUCCCUCAUUCCUGCCCUGGGACCGAGUCCUAAAUUUCAGUCAAAAUCGCUAACAUGUUGAGGAGAAAUAUAUUUGUGAAUUAAAAUCUCUUCAGUUCAGAUUUCAUUUCCAACUCAGGUUAAGUGUUU